CAAACAAAACAUUAAUUUCUUGUAACUACGUACUCAAAUUCACGUUAAUUUGAGGUUCAAAAUCUAAUAUAGUUAUUUUUUUAAUAUAUCUAAGUAGAAGUAGAUUUUACAAUGUAAUAAUGUUAUUUUUAUACACAGUAUUGUCAUAACAUUUCAUUCAAACAAUUACUGACCAAGCCUAGGUAAGUUAAGUAGUAAAUAAACUGUCUAUUAAACUCGCACAGGCUACUCUUUAACUAAAAGCUCUCGCAUCCAUUCUGAAUAUUUCACACCAUCACUAAAGCUUGCAGUGCACGUCCACCCAAAUCCUUCCGCUUCUGAAUAAACUCUUACUCGAGUCAAACAUUAUUUGGCACGCUCUGAUACACUUCCCGUUUUCAAUGUAGUGAAAGUAUUUGAUGUUUGUGGCUAGAAUGUCAGUGUUCUUCUUCCGCUUGCACAACUUGAGGCGUGAGGAGGAGAACAAGAGACGGCGCAACAAGAGCGGUACGGGAUGCGGCAUGCUUCGGUCCAACUUGACCCUCGCCCCCAGCAGGCUGUUCGAGCGCACCCCCCUCACCCCGUCCGACAGCCUGGACGAGAUUGCUCUCAAGAUACCCAGGGUCAGAGUGGAGUACUAUGUGAACGAGAACACAUUCAAAGAGAGACUACAACUGUACUUUCAUAAAAAAUCAACGCUCCAGCCUUCGAAUUCGUAUUGCCAACCUCCUCUUCAAGUUACUGACAUGUGUCCUGUAUAUCCUGAGAGUGGUCACCGACGACGACCCUAUAAAUGCUGCCUGCUACUGACAUGUGUUCUGUAUAUCCUGAGAGUGGUCACCGAUGACGACCCUAUACAUGCUGCCUGCUACAUGAAACCAUGUGUCCUGUAUAUCCUGAAGAGGUUGGUCACCGACGACGACCCUACAAAUGCUGCCUGA